GACCAAACGGUCUGAGCCUGAUGUGAUCGAUCAGCCAUCCAAGACGCGUGGAAGUGAGACUUCAGUCUUCAUUCAGUUGACAUUACGGAUUCUGGAGUUUCCUAUCUGCCAAUGUGUAGUAGUCUGUCUCCAGUCUGCAGGGAUCCGAGUGAAGGCGGCAGCAUUUUAGAGCGCCUCAGAGCAGUUUAGCUCAGUUAUCGAGCCUCCGUUAGCUUAGCCUCCGUUAGCUUGACACUAGCCUCCAUUAGCGUGAGUGAAGCGGGUGAUGAUCCGAGGCGCUGCGGAAACAUGACGGACUACGGAGAAGAGCAGAGGAACGAGCUGGAGGCUCUUCAGUCCAUUUAUCCGGACUCCUUCACAGGUCAGAACCUUCAGAACCACGUGGAGUCCGUGUCAGUGCUGUCAGAGAAUCCGUCCUGCUUCACCAUCACCGUGACGUCUGAUGCUGGUCAAGAUGGAGAGAUCGUGGAGACGACGCUCAGGUUCACCUACACAGAGGAGUAUCCUGACCAGGCUCCGCUGUACGAGAUCCAGUCCCAGGAGAACCUGGAGGACGGGGACAUGCAGGAAGUUCUCACUCUGCUGCAGCAGCAGGCGGAGGAGAACCUGGGCAUGGUGAUGAUCUUCACUCUGGUCACGGCGGUGCAGGAGAAGCUGAACCAGAUGGUGGAUCUGAUGAAGAACAGGAAGGAAGAAGAGAAGCUGCGGAAAGAGAGAGAGGCUGAGGAGGCUGAGAAGGUGCUGUUCCAGGGAACUGUGGUCACCAUUGAGAACUUCCUGUCCUGGAAAGCUGCUUUUGAUUUGGACAUGGCCGAACUGAGGAGGAGGAGACAGAAGGAGGAGGAGCAGGGAGGGAGGUCCAAGCUGACAGGUAAACAGCUGUUUGAACGAGAUCACAACCUGGACACCUCAGAUAUCCAGUUCCUGGAAGAAGCUGGAAACAAUGUGGAGGUGGACGAGUCUCUUUUCCAGGAAAUGGAGGACUUGGACCUGGAUGAGGACGAUCCGGACUUCGAUCCCCUGGAGCUGGGCAGUGAGGAGGACUGAAGCAAAAUCCAGAUCCAUUAGAACCAGAACCACCAGGACAGGGGCUCCUCAGUGAGCCCAGCAGGGGGCAGCAGAGACUCAACAUUCAUCUCCUCAAUAAAGCCGUGGCUCUCUGUGAA